GCCAGGCGGGUACCCGGCCCCGCGCGCCAGAGAAGCCGUGAGGCCGCAGCCCACCCACCCCGGGCUCCGGAGAGGUGCAGCCCCCGGCCCCCAAGCCCUCCCGGGGGCACCAGGAAGCCGCCUCAGGCCUGGCCCCAGGAAAACGUGGUCUCAGCUGGGGGUGCCCUCGAGCAGGCUUCGACCCUUUUCCCUUAUCGGAGGAGAGGCCCAGCGCCUCACUCUCACCCCGUCUUUGUGCAGGGCGCCGGCGGCCAUUGUGUCCGUGCGGGGAAUGGAGGACCCGGCAAUCCCCCCCCACCGCCGCCGCGUCCAGGGCCUUUGGGGAAUUCAAAGAAUCCCAGCGGCGUUUCUAAGGGGUGCCCGCCCUUCAGCUUCCCGGAAAGGCCCGCGGAUGGCCUUUCCGAAGUCAGACCGCAGAUCCGAGGCAGUUUCCCCUUCCCUCCAUCCCUCAUCGAAACGUUGAGUCCCAUUGAGAAGUCCCUUCAGGGUUUCAGAAGCCUCACCCUGGGCGGGUACUUAAAUAGAAUAAAACAAACAAACAAAAAACAAAAAGAAAACCUAAGCCCCACACAGCCACCUCUGGGAGAGUUCUCCUGGCUCCCAGUAGGAGGCGGAGGAAGAGCCAAGGAGCGUGCAAGAGCGAGGGGGCUGGGCUCGUUCUGGGCGAUGGAGGAGGAAGCUAGCGAGGCGGCCGGUUCCUGAGCUUCGUAAUUCCUGUGUCGCCUUCUGGGCUCCCAGCCUGCCGGGUCGCAUGAUCCCUCCAGCCGGAGCUGGUUUAUUUGCCAGCCGCCGCGAGGUCGGUUGAGUUACCGGCAUCCGGGCUGCCACCUCCUCUCCCGACCUAUGAUACAAAAGAUCUUUAGGGACUGCACCUGCCUGCCGUCGCCUGAGACAGAUUUGAAUCUCUUUCUCUCCCUUCAGAACCUUAUCUUGGCUUUGGAUCUUAGAAGACAAGCACUAAGCAGAGACCAGACUCAGUGAGUGAGCAGGUAUUUUGGACAAUGGACUGGUUGAGCCCAUCCUUAUUAUAAAAAUGUCUCAGAGCAACCGGGAGCUGGUGGUUGACUUUCUCUCCUACAAGCUUUCCCAGAAAGGAUACAGCUGGAGUCAGUUCAGUGAUGUGGAAGAGAACAGAACUGAGGCCCCAGAAGGAACUGAAUCAGAGAUGGAGCCCCCCAGUGCCGUCAAUGGCAACCCAUCCUGGCACCUGGCGGACAGCCCCGCAGUGAAUGGAGCCACUGGCCACAGCAGCAGCUUGGAUGCCCGGGAGGUGAUCCCCAUGGCAGCAGUGAAACAAGCACUGAGGGAGGCAGGUGAUGAGUUUGAACUGAGGUACCGGCGGGCAUUCAGCGACCUGACAUCCCAGCUCCACAUCACCCCAGGGACAGCAUAUCAGAGCUUUGAGCAGGUAGUGAAUGAACUCUUCCGGGAUGGGGUGAACUGGGGUCGCAUUGUGGCCUUUUUCUCCUUCGGUGGGGCACUGUGCGUGGAAAGCGUAGACAAGGAGAUGCAGGUUUUGGUGAGUCGGAUUGCAACUUGGAUGGCUACUUACCUGAAUGACCACCUAGAGCCUUGGAUCCAGGAGAACGGCGGCUGGGACACUUUCGUGGAACUCUACGGGAACAAUGCAGCGGCCGAGAGCCGGAAGGGUCAGGAGCGCUUCAACCGCUGGCUUCUGACAGGAGUGACUGUGGCUGGCGUGGUUCUGCUGGGCUCACUUUUCAGUCGGAAAUGACCAGACACUGACCACCCACUCACCGUCCCAUCCCCGUCCUGCACCCACCGCAUCCCUCUUUCCAGCCACCAUUGCCACCAGGAGAACCACUACAUGCAGCCUGUGUCCAACCACCCAUCACAGGGUUGGGCCUAGACUUGGUCCCCCGCAGUUAGUUUUCUAGAAUCUACCAUGCUUCUGUGAGAGCCACCUUCCCUCACACCUCAGUUCUCCUGGCCUCAGAACCCACAAAUUUCUCCAAAAAUCUGCCCCAUGGAGGCUGGCAGGUUUGGGGUGGAGGGGGGGCAGGGUUGUGGCUGGGGGCUGAGGCGUCCUGCCUGUUUGGUGGAACCCCCUUACCCUUUAACCGCCCCAAGAAUGCUUUCCUGCCAGGGAGCCGGAAAGUUUUCUGACCCUUUUUCCCAGAAAGACUAGAUUGCCUUCGUUUUGAUGUUUGUGGCCUCAGAAUUAAUCAUUUCUUAUUCCCGCCCCCGCCCCCUCAAGGACCUGGGCUCCCCUUCCUUUCAUCCCCACCUUCCAAUAGCCACUUAGGGGCCACUUGUGACUAAUUAGAGAUUCAGGCUGCUCGAGAUAAAGAAACAAGGACCAGGGUCCCCUCCCACCUCUGGCCUGGCCAAAGUCCCUGCCCCCAAUUUCAUUGUCAUCCAGAGGCCUCUGGCUAGAAGCCAGCCCCAGCCAGGAGGGAGGGGGCUAUAGCUGCAGGAAGUACCCCAUGCCAAAGCUAGGGUGGCCCUUGUAGUUUAGCACUACCCCAGUUCCCUUCUUCCCUUCCCCUGGCUCCCUCCCAUGAUCGUGACUGAGGGACCAACUGGGCCCAAGACAGGUGCCCCAGAGCUGUUUAUGGCCUCAGCUGCCUCACUUCCUGCAAGGAGAUCAGCCUGUGGCAUGCCUUGGGCUGCUGCUCAUGGGAUCCAGGGAUUCAGGGGCCUUGGCCCAGAGGCAAAGGGGAGCUACAGGGAGCAGCUAUGGGAGCCCUAGGGUCUUCCCUACCUCAGGCAGGAAGGGCAAGACGGAGAGCCCUGGUGCACGGGGUGGAGGUAGGGCUGGCUAGAAAGGCCAGUCCUGCUUGGCCUAGCAGAUCGUGCCCCACCCCCUGUUCAGCCUGGGCAGCCAGGCUUCCAGGUCUGAGUGGCCUGGCCAGGAACCUUUCAGGCUUCACUUUCUCCUCUGCUCCAUUUAUGGCCUGUCUCAUCCCUGGGGGUCCUGGCCUAGCUCUGGCCACCCCGGGCUCUCUGCUGUACAUAUUCAAGACUAGUUUUUAUUCCUUGUGAAGAUGAUAUACUAUUUUUGUUAAGCGUGUCUGUAUUUAUGUGUGAGGAGCUGCUGGCUUGCUGUGCGUGUGCACGUGGAGAGCUGGUGCCCAGAGAUUGAACAGCCUGAUGCUCCCUCCCCUUUCCUGGUCUGGGGAAGCCAGCUGGGGGUCCUGGCUCCUGAGGGGCACCUGUCCCUCUCCCACCCCCCACCCCACACUUGUUCCAGCUCUUUGAAAUAGUCUGUGUGAAGGUGAAAGUGCAGUUCAGUAAUAAACUGUGUUGAUUCAGUGAACAAAAA